CUCGGAAAACAGUUCGAACCAAAAGUAUAGGUGGUUUUUAACCGAGAAAGAGGGAAGUUUCUAAACAUGAAGACGCAACAAAAGUUUUUAAGUUUUCUGAUUGUAAUGUAUCUUCUGAAGAUUUCGUGUCUCUUAUAUGGUUUGCUGACGGACUACUGGGUGGAGACAGAUGGCUAUCACUAUGGACUGUUUGAGUAUUGUGUUGACAAUACAAGUUCUUGUCUGGAUGUCACACCUCAGCUUCAAACAAUUGAAGAUCAUAUAUUAAUGACCCGUUAUUGUUUGAUCAGCGCUUGUAUACUAGUCUUUGUCUGUCUGGUAUUUUGUGUGAGUUUAUGCUCUGAAUGCAGCGAUCGGCUGAAGGAAAAGAAGAUGCAUACGAAGAUCAAUGUGACUGGAGCAUUUUUCCAAUUUGUACUAGAGGCCUGUACAGUGGUUACAUUUGUUCAUGGAGUCACUGACCAUGAACUCUCACGAGUUUCUCAACUCAGCUGGUCGUUUUUCUUAACAGCUUCAACGACGGGUUUCACAUUUUUUUUCCUGAUCAUACUUCUUCACACAACCUUAUACUGCAACAAAAGCUGCUGUUUGGAUACGUCAUCCGUUGGUAAUUCUUCUGGAACAGAGCUUACAUUUAAAAAUCCUCCGAAGAGUGUUUCUGUUAACGCUGGUCAGGCAGUCUCUAUUGUUGCUUACGUAACAAAUGCAAACCACGUUUAUUGGUGCAAGGGUAGAGACCAUGUGAUUCGGAUAUCCACGUCAUUUGAAGAAUGCUAUAAUAAUUCUAAAGCUGAACUUACCUUGAAAAAUGCUAGACUUCAAGACGACGGGGAAUAUACUUGUGUAGCAGAGAAAUAUGGAAGGAAUAGAAAAGAAAUCAGAGAAUCGUUCUUUAUAUAUGUACACCACGUAAAACCAGUAUUUAAAACAAAACCAAAAGAUGUCACCGUGCACCUUGGAGAUGCAGUAAAUCUAGAGGCAAUUGUCGUAAACGCGGAAGCAGUUUCGUGGUUCCAUGAGGACCAGAUUUUGAGUAACUCUAAAAGUAAAAUCGCCCUUAAGUUUUUGAAUGGAAAGGCAUCGUUAAAAAUCGACUGCGUAACAAAGAUUGAUGAAGGAGACUAUACCUGCUUGGCUAAAUCAGGAAAUGACCCCAUCAAAGCGAAGGAGGAAUCUGUUUAUUGUCAUGUCAAAGUUAUUGAUGCUGAACUGCCUUCAUUUAAUGAUGUCCCAAAUUCCUUGAAUGUCAAAAGUGGUUCAACUCUGGAAAUAGCGAUCAACGUUUGUGGAUAUCCAAAACCCAAGAACGUUUCAUGGUACAAAGAAGGGACAGUUCUCGAGAGAAGUAGACGGGCUAUUAUGCAGUAUAUGGAGGGAGACUGUAGACUUCUAAUCCAUGAUACAGUUCCUGCCGACUCAGGCAUGUACGAAUGCUAUGCUGAAAAUGCACAUGGAAACAACAAGUGUAAGAUACCCGUAAAAGUUACAAAGGAGGAUCAAGAGCCUAUUCAGUGUACAAUUUGCAUGGAUCGCCGACCAUCUCACGUGUUACGUUGUGGCCACGCCUUUUGCUUGGAGUGUAUUGAGGGGUUUCAAAAUGGAUGUGGAAUAUGUCGGGCCCCUUCUAGAGAGCGCACACGACUGUUUUUGUAAUUCUGUAUGUGCCUAUAUCAAUCGCCGUCCAAAUAUCAAUCGCCGUCCAUGUUUGCAGUCCAUAAUCUUUUUUGUUUUUGUUUAUACCAGUACAUGUAUAUGAUUGUAUUGUCAGCUUGGAAAUUUCAAAAUGUAAAAAGUGUUUUUAGAAUCACAGACAAAAAGAAUAUGAAACAACACUUUGCACUAUCCUAAGAUUGGGUCUGCGUUGAGUUUUAUUCUUUUCUUACUACAGCAGAGUUUAGCCAAAAGCAGUGGCCAUUUAAAACAAUGUGUCUCAUUCAACAGAACAUAUUAUUCACUUUGUUGUUUUCAUAACUGCUUUACAGCGUUUUUAAAGCCUAUUAAAAACACUAAAAACCAACUCUUCGACUGGUUUUGAAUUAAAUGUUUUAAGUUCAUUUGAGCUCAAGGCUCAAUUGAGCUUUUCUGUCAAAAGUCCGAUGUCAAUUGCAAACGAUAUGGUACGAUAUUAUGCGCAUUGAAUCGUUGGUUACUAGUACUUACAUAUAAUAUGGCAAUGUAAUCGAUUAUCUUGAUGUUUCUUAUGAUGUUUGUACCUGUAUCAUAUGCGAUUUAUGUCACUUUUUGCAUUAUUCAAUUCUUUUGCAAAAAGAAAUUGUAAUACAUUUGGUUUUAAAAUCAAGCACUAAAAAGUUUGUCUCAUUGACUGUUUGGCGGAAAUAAGCAAUAUAAUGAUACAAAUGCCCUUUUGUAAUAAAUUUGAACAAAGUUAGCAUUAUUUCAUGGGCGGUGAAAGGGUAAAACGGCGUCAAUGCAAAACAAACAAUUUAU